UCUUUCCUUUCCCAAUUAUUUUGGUGUCUAACAAUAUGUGUCUGCGUGUGUUUAUUCCUCUACCUCUCAUUUUCCUCGUUGCUCUAACCAUAGUGUUGAUCCCUGUGUCCGUUGCCCAGGACUCGCCCCAGGACUAUGUUGCGGCCCACAAUGCGGCCCGCUCUAAAGUUGGUGUGGGCCCGAUUGCCUGGGAUGAGGGCGUGACUGGCUAUGCCACGGAUUACGCCAACAAGCAUGCCAGCGACUGCUCCCAGCUUGUCCAUUCAGGCGGACCUUAUGGGGAGAAUCUCGCGUGGGCUUCCCCUGAUCUCACUGGCACAGGAACGGUGAACAUGUGGGUUGGGGAAAAGCCCGACUACGACUACAACUCCAACUCGUGUGCAUCGGGGAAGGACUGUGGGCAUUACACUCAAGUGGUGUGGCGGAACUCAGCUCGACUCGGAUGUGCGAAGGCCCAAUGUGCGACGGGCGGUACUUUGGUGACUUGCAACUAUGAUCCUCCUGGGAACUAUGAAGGCGAGAAGCCUUAUUGAAUUACGAAAAGUUUGUAUGUCCAAUAAUGGACUAUGAUGUCAAAAUAAUGCCCAAUUACAAUGGGGCGAGAGCUUCAGAUUCACUAAAGUUAAUUGACGUCAUAUGAUAUAUAUUU